AUGUUGAAUCCAAACAAAACAAUAGUUACAGAGUUCAUGCUUCAGGGAUUCUCAGGACACCCCAAGUUCCAACUACUCCUGCUUGGUUGCUUCCUGUCCCUGUAUGCUGUGGCACUCAUAGGCAAUACUGUGAUCAUUGCUUUGGUCAGUUCUAACACUGGGCUCCAGAGUCCCAUGUACUUCUUCCUGUGCAACCUGGCCACAAUGGACAUCAUUUGCACCUCUUCUGUGAUGCCCAAGGUGCUGGUUGGCUUAGUCUCUAAGGAAAACUACAUCUCCUUCCAGGGAUGCAUGGCUCAACUCUUCUUCCUCAUCUGGUCUUUAUCUUCUGAGCUUUUGUUGUUCACUGUUAUGGCCUAUGAUCGUUAUGUGGCCAUCUGCUUUCCCCUUCACUAUAGCUACAGGAUGAGCCCACGCCUGUGUGGUGCCCUAGCCAUGGGUGUAUGGACUAUCUGUGCCCUGAAUUCUUCUAUCAACACUGGUCUUAUGACACAGCUGUCAUUCUGUGGCCCAAAGGUCAUCAACCACUUCUUCUGUGAGAUUCCUCCACUCCUGCUGCUCUCCUGCAGCCCCACACGUGUGAACAGCAUCAUGACUCUCAUAGCUGAUGUCUUCUAUGGAGGCAUAAACUUCCUUUUCACUCUGAUGUCGUAUGGCUGCAUCAUUGCCAGCAUUCUGCGCAUGCGCUCUCCUGAGGGGAAGCGAAAGGCCUUCUCUACUUGCUCGUCUCACCUCAUUGUAGUCUCUGUGUACUACUCAUCUGUAUUCUGUGCUUACAUCAGCCCAGCUGCCAAUUACAGCCCAGAGAGAAGCAAAGUGUCUGCCGUGUUGUACUCAGUUCUGAGCCCCACCCUGAACCCCCUCAUCUACACACUGAGAAAUAAGGAAGUCAAACAUGCUCUGGGUAGGCUUGUGCCCUCUUUCCAACAUUAG